CCCCUGCCUGUUUCCCUCUUUGCAAAUAUGGCCUUUGCGGUCAUGUUGGAAGAGCAGUUCAAGUGCUGCAUCUGCCUUGACAAAUUCACCAACCCGACCACCAUCACUUGUGGUCACACCUUUUGCCUGGACUGCAUUGAAGGUUUUUGGGAUAUGAAGAGAAAGCCUGAGUGUCCGCUGUGCAAAAAGACAUACAGAAAGCGCCCGAAGCUCAGCAUCAACCUAGGUUAUGCUGAAAUCAUUGAAUUCUAUAAAAGGUCUCAAGGGGAGAAUUUGCCGCCAGGAAGCAGGAAAGAUUCUCUACCCCAACUUUUGGAGGCUGACGAAGUUCCCUGUGCCAUCUGCUGCGGAGACAAAUCACCGUCGGUCAAGUCGUGUCUGACGUGCUUGGAAUCAUAUUGUGAAUUUCACUUCGCACCACACCUGAGGGAAGCAGCCCUGCAGACACACCAGCUGACGGAUUUGGACAGUUUCAUCGCCAGUCAUCUCUGCAGAAAACACAAGAAGCCGCUGACUAUGUUCUGCAAGAGCGACCAGAAGCCUGUUUGUGUGAAAUGCACAGAGAGGGAACAUAAACGGCACUACUUAGUACCCAUUGAGGAGGAGAGGAAGAGGGUCAAGACUUCUUUGGGGGACAAGAAGACCAGCAUUAAACAGAUGUUCCAUGCCAGAUGCAGAAAAUGGUGCAGAUGAAAAAUUCUUUGACCAUUGAGUCAGCUAUGUCAUGAGUCAUAA